AUGGAGUCAAUUAUCGCUAGAUAUAUGCGACAACGGAGAGAGUUUGCAUACCUCCAACCGUCAUCAUACACCGAACGGUACCUUGAUGAUAGUCAUGGAGAUUACACAAUCAUGUAUCAGGAAGUGUUGCAGAAGGCGCACGAUUUGCACCAACCAGAACCAAUGAUUGUUUUGACUAGAAGAAGCAUAAACAGAUGCCGUGUAGAAGCGAAUGCUAGGAUGAUGCAGGACUACUUCAACCCGGGUUGCAGAUUUGGGCCUAAGCAUUUUAAGGACCUCCACGGUUUGCCCCGAGAACUAUUUCUUAGAUUAUUACCAGAAAUUUGCGCCCAAGAUGAGGACUUUCGGCAACGGAGGGAUGCUUGUAACAUUCCGGGUCACUCCCCUCAUAUGAAAAUGCUCGCUGUCAUGAAACACUUAGCGAAGGGGGUGGCGGCCGAUAGCCUUGGCGAUUACACUGGAAUGGCUGCGUCUAUAAUAUACAUGUACGUAAAAAAGUUUAUGGAUGCAUUACUUUGGCUUUUUAACGAUCGUUACAUGAGGCGCGCAACAACCAAAGAUACAAAGAGGCUAUUAGCUGAGAAUGAGGCUCGUGGAUUUCCUGGAAUGCUUGGAAGCCUCGAUUGUACCCAUUGGGAGUGGAGGUGUUGUCCUAAUGACAAAGCAGGCCGACACGUUGGACAGUAUAAGAAACCAAAUCUUGUUUUACAGGUUGUUGCAUCAUACGACAGAUGGUUCUGGCACUUCGGUUUGUUUGAUAGAGAGAAGAACGCGUUGGAUCCUCCUUGUGAUUUUCGCAUCAACGGUCACGUGUACAGACAUGGAUACUAUUUGGUUGACGGAAUUUAUAAUAAAAUGCCUGGGGUUGUUCAUGGUUAUAAGAGACGUCAGACUAUGCCGGCAAUCCAUAAGAAAUUUAAUGAAUACCACUCUGCGAAGCGGAAGGAUGUGGAGCGUGCUUUUGGGGGUCUAAAAGCCAAAUGGGGUAUAAUUAGGAAUCCUUGUCGUUACUGGUUUCCUCGUGACUUAAACACAAUUAUGAGAGCUUGUUUAAUAAUGCAUAACAUGUGUGUGGAGUAUGAAUAUCGUGAUAGGGUAUGGGCGAGGUAUGAUGGAAAAGAAGAAACACCUCUGGUACAAGGUAACGUGACUGAAGCGCGUGCUUAUUAUAAAAGCCAUGCCCGCUGGAGACACUUGCAAGCAGAUAUAACGGAGCACAUCUGGCAGCGUCAUAUUCAAGGACUGCGAGACGGAGAAGUCGGCCACGUGGAGGUGCAUGAUGCCCUCCCAAUUUCAAAUCAUGGUACCACUGAUGUGGAUGAGGACGCUGAUAUUUAUCCAAGUGAUGAUGAUAACUUUUAUCAGAACGGAGAGUAG